UAUAUCUGUGCCUUUCUUCAAUGAGACCAAAUCAUGUAUUGCCCAGCGUCUGUGUGUAACGCCUCGCGAACCGCUGUCAGUUUCUAAGCAACACACUCACAUAGGCCUACUCCACACAAUGGGUAAUUUCCUAUUCAGAAAAAGUCUGAGCGAGCAAAGCAAGUCAGUGGAGCUUACAAGUGAACAACAUGAUCUUAUCCGACAGAGGAACGCGGGACACUGAGAUGAACGAUAAACAACCAGCUUUUCCACUUCGGUUUCUAUAAUUAUCGAAGACAUAGGCACAGACAGGACAAUUUGCGAACAGUUUUAAUCCAGAAAACCCUGAGGAAUAUAUUCUUGUGACACUUUUUGAUUGCUUGUGAUUGUCGCCUAAAAUGCGCGGGCUUGUGAUGCAUCUUCUUGGAUAUCCAGGAUCAUAUUCCGUUGAAUAAAACUUGUGACCCGACAAUAAAUAUUCCAAAUCUGCACGAGUAUUUAUAGCAACUUUUUGAAUCAAUGUUUUUCUCACCAUCAUCUACCACGCACCUUCACACAAAACCGCACUCUACAUAAAUAGAUGAAGAUAGAAGAUGCGACGACAAUGGUAAGCAGAUAGUAUUUGACCCUACCUACAAACAUCGGAACAGUGACCAUUUUUAAAGGUGACUUCCUCCAAGAAUCGCGGUGCGGUCACCUAUGUUUUCGGAGCGGAGUGACUUCUACAGCAGUAUUAUAAAUGUCUGAAUAUCUGACCAGCCCUGUCUGUGGUGCGGUGUUUACGUUAAAGUUGUAGGAUGAUGAGCAGUGAUUUGGAGCACGUUUCACUCAAUUCAACGACGGCCAGCAACUCCGGGACUGGGUCGGGCGGCCGAGGGCUGUCAGCCAACGUUCGGAAGCUGCACAACGCGCUCAACUUGCUGCUCACUGACUUCGAGAGAGAACAGUUCAUCCACUGUCUCAAUGUUUACCACGCUAAACGCAACGUCUUCGACUUGGUUCAAACUCUCAAAAUAAUCCUCAACACGCCGAACAAACGACAACUCCUCCCCAUGUUGCGUUUGGUCAUUCCCCGCUCAGAUCAGCUGUUGUUCGACCAGUAUACUUCCGAGGGCCUGUACCUUAAAACGGAUCAUCUACCACUAAACAGUGUCAACAACCCUGAAAGCUUUGGAGGAGAAGUAGGCAAUACUGCAAACAACUAUGUCCCAAUUCCCACUACACACUUUAUAAACCCGCAUGAGCCUCAGCUGCCUCAUGACUUUUCUUGUUUCACAUCACCAGAAGCUUGCCCCUGCCCGGAUAGUUUCAGCACCACCGCUGAUGGGACAGCACCCCAGGCUUUCAUGCAGGGGGAGGCUGUUGGAGAGAUCCGCCAAGUGACACUGAGACGCAGCAAGAGCAAUGAGGGCUUAGGGUUCAGUAUCCGGGGAGGUUCUGAGCACGGUGUGGGAAUCUAUGUGUCGCUAGUAGAACCCGGAUCUUUUGCCGAGAAUGAAGGACUGAGGGUCGGGGAUCAGAUAGUGACUGUUAACGGCAUGCUGUUUGACAGAGUCUCACACUUGGAGGCAGUCAAGGUCCUGAAAGGCUGUAAGAAGCUGGCCAUGUCAGUGUGUUCAGUGGGUCGGAUCCCCGGGGGGUAUGUCACCAACAACAUUUAUGCCUGGGUGGAUCCUCAUGGCCGCAGUGUGUCCCCUCCCUCCGACCUGGAGCAGCAAAGCACCCUGGGACCACAACAAAGCCAGAGACGUACAGGACAUACACAGGAGAAGACAGUAAACCUGAACCUGGACGACGGUCUCUCUCUGGGCCUGAUGAUCAGGGGAGGGGCGGAGUAUGGCCUGGGGAUCUACAUCACUGGGGUAGACCCCGGUUCAGCUGCAGACCACGGGGCACUCAAGGUGGGCGACCAGUUGCUGGAGGUGAAUGGGCGGAGCUUCGUGGCCAUCCCCCAUGACGAGGCGGUGAGGAUCCUGAAGACGAGUCGUCACCUGCUGGUGAAGGUGAGGGACGUUGGCCGCGUGCCCCAUGCCCGCACCGUGGUGGACCAGACCAAAUGGAUCAGCAGCCCCACCCCCCCUAGCCCACCGCCCAUAACAGAGAGCACCGCCAGCCCAGCCGCUUCACGUAAACUGAAGUCUUUUUUCAUGUGGGUGCAUUCAUUCUCUCCCCCCACCCACUCUCUCGUUCCCUUCCUCCUUCUAUCCCUCCAUCCCUCCAAUCAGUCUGUGUGUCAAGGUGUGGGGCCCCCGGGUUUCCAAGUGUCUCUGGAGGAGCAGGCCUUCCUGCUGCUGACAGACCCAGAGAGACAGACCAUGGGCUACUACCUGCGGGAGUACAAGGAGGGACACAUCGGCUUGGAGCCCCUGACCAUGGCCCUGUUUGAGCUCUUCAACACCCAUGCCAAGUUGUCCCUGCUAUCUGAGGUGCGUAGUCAGGUGGCUCCCCAGGAACUGGAGCUGUAUGAUGGCCUGGUGCGGCACCGCGAGAGGGAGGCUCUGAAGGCCUGGCAUGGAGGAAUAGGAUCCCUACACCCUGCGCACCUAUACAGCCGCUGUCUACACACUGAGCCCUCAGCCAGCCACAGCCACUCCAACCCGGCCACUCUCUGCUCUGCCAAGCAGGAGUGCUCACAUGGUGACAUUGUACAGCAAGAUCCAGGGGCAACCACUAAUGUCCUACCUGAUGUUACAUUGAAUGAAGUGCAGUCUACAGCUGAGUCUCCUCCGUUUUUCAAGCCUCCUUCUCCCUCCGGACCCGGACAGACCCAGCCCAGACAUACGAGGGACAGGGAGAGGGAGCAGUCCAAGCGCCUCUUAUCCAGACACUCCCAAUCUGGCCUGGUCUUUACUGCCCCCACCAGGCUGCACCAGGAAUGUCACCACAAACACCUUAAAGCCUUCCAAAGCUUCUCCAACCACCAAACUUCCACCUCCCCUAGCUCUGACCUCCAUCACACCUGUCCCAACCCUGGACAUCAUAACAGCUCCAACCCUGGACAUCAUAACAGCUCCAACCCUGGCCAUCAUAACAGCUCCAAUCCUGGCCAUCAUAACAGCUCCAACCCUGACCAUCAUAACAGCUCCAACCCUGGCCAUCAUAACAGCUCCAAUCCUGGCCAUCAUAACAGCUCCAACCCUGACCAUCAUAACAGCUCCAACCCUGGCCAUCAUAACAGCUCCAACCCUGGCCAUCAUAACAGCUCCAACCCUGGCCAUCAUAACAGCUCCAACCCUGGCCAUCAUAACAGCUCCAACCCUGGCCAUCAUACCACCCCCAACCCUGGCCAUCUUACCACCCCCAACCCUGGCACUGGCCAUAGUGUCUAUCCAAGCUCUGGCAAUGACACAUCCAUGAACUCUCUUCACCACACCUGCCAAAACUCCCUCCACAUCUCCACAACUACCUCCUCUGACCACCACACCCACCAAACACACCACGGCUGCUCCAGCUCCGGCCACCAUUCCUGCCCUGGCUCCCUUCAUCCCAAGCCCUCUGGUCCUCAGAACAAGGAGAAAUUCAUCAAGCUUCCCAUCUUCAGAUCCUGCUCCCAUGAGAAGCCUGCUACCUCCCCUGGUCCCUCCCCUGGUCCCUCCCCAUGUCUCUCUCCCUGUCUCUCUCCCUGUCCCUCCCCAUGUCUGUCCCCCUUUCCCUCCCCCUGUCCUUCACCCUGUCCCUCUCUCUCGGUUCUGGGACCUCCCCCAUGUAGUCCAGACAGGCCCUGCUCCCCCUGCUCUCCCUCCCUCAGCCAGGGAGGUUUGUGUGUCAUGGCCGAUGCACACAGACUGACUGCUGAGGUCAGGCCCGAGCCCCAGCAGAGAGGCACCACAUUGUCUCAGCUGUCAGACAGUGGUCAGACUCUGAGUGAGGACAGUGGGGUGGACAUUGCGGAGGCACGAGGGAUCAGUAAAGACAGCAGUCCUUGGCCAACUAAGAACCAGGCCAGCCAAGCCACACAAGGGCCCCAGGGGGCCCAGGGGUCUGCAGUACUGGCAUCCAAACAGCAGCCUGGCUCUCCAGUGCCCAUACUUACUCUGGUACGUGUGGUAAAGAAUGCCAACACUCUGGGCAUCGCUAUAGAGGGAGGGGCAAACACACGGCAGCCACUGCCACGCAUCGUCACCGUACAGAAGGGUGGCUCGGCACACAGUUGUGGGCAGCUGAAGGUGGGACAGGUGAUUCUGGAGGUGAACGGGGUCUCCCUGAGGGGUAGAGAGCACCGGGACGCUGCUCGCAUCAUCGCUGAGGCCUUCAAGACUAAAGAGAAGGACCACAUUGACUUCCUGGUUACCGAGUUUAACACAGCCGUACUGCAAGGCCUUUAGCGGGGUCGUAUUCUUUAGGCACCGCACAGAAGAAAAGAGACUGAAACAAGAAGGGACCACCUGAACUGAUGCUUGUUCCAGUUUUCCUGCAGGGGCUUCAGCAGGACUUUGCACUUUAGAGAGCUGGAACAGAUGGAGGAAGGAGGAGAAUGAGAGAACGGAAGGAGGGAGAAGUUUGAUGGAGUGUUGCACCUGGGGACAAAAUAAAGACAAUCCGUUAUUCUCCUGUAAGCCCCUUCUCACAUUGUUGUCCCUAUAUACCAACUUACCAGGCUGGCCAUGCAGUGUUAAAAUGCUAAAAUGCACGACAUCCUGCCUUAAGAAGAACCCACCGAUAGAACAUACAGUUGAAGUCGGAAGUUUACAUACUUAGGUUGGUGUCAUUAAAACUCAUUUUUCAACCACUCCACAAAUGUAUUGUUAACAAACUAUAGUUUUGGCAAGUCGGUUAGGACAUC